AUUGUGUACUGUACAAUACUCCGUACUCGUAUUAUACGAAGAAGGGGCUGACGAGAAAAGCCAUGUUGGUGCUGUACGCUGCUAAAUAUUCAAAUAUGGUAGAGAGCGAAGUGACGCUACGAAUCGAAUUUGCAGCUGUGCCGAAAUCGAUUUUGCUCGUGAAGUCAGAGGGAGUGGUGUAGAACUGCCGCGGAGUCGAUACUCUGACUCGUUUCGUUGACAAGCAUUCCUCGUGGAGCUCAAGGUGGAGGAGCAGCAGUAAUGAACCCCGCCACUGCGAGGGAACGUUGAGCUGGAAAAUUCCAAGGACGAUGGAGCAUUGCCUUUGUGGGCAUGGAGUUCCCGAAGAAAUUUUGUCCGAAGGAAAAUCCGAAUUUUGAGUGCUGCGCUGACUUGAACUACUACUGGAGGGCUCCUGAUCAGGCACAAGUGCCCGGGAUUGAAAUAUAGGUUGAGUUCAUAAUAGAGGGAAAGAUGAGGAGUGAUAUGCAAAGAGUUCGGAGCUACAGCGAUGAUGAUUCAGAGGAGGAAGAGGAAGAGGAAGAAGAACGGAGAGGGAAUGAAAGAAAAUCGGCUCGAAAGGGUUAUGAGCAACCGAAUGAUCGUAAAUCAAGUUAUGAGAAAGUUGAGGGGCACCAAAUAUUUAAGCACGCAAAGGUGGCUAGUCAUGUGCUGCAAAAGGACAUUCUGGAAGGGUCUAGGACCCGAAUAAGUACAAACCUUAUUGCACAUGACACUCAUGGCCGUCUUUAUGUUUGGGAUUCUGAAGAAAAGCUUCUUCGAUUUGUGGAAGUUCAGCGAUCCGAUUUUUUACAUUCUUUUGGUGAUGACUCGGGAACAAUUCUCGCUACCAAGGACUCUAAGACGGUCCAGCUAAGUUCGCCAGUCGAUUUCCAAGUACUACACUUGGCUUUCAACAGAACUGGCAGAUCUUUAGUGCUCGUCGGGGACGGGUCUUUGAUGGUAGUGAAUCUUCUCGCUCCAAGUUCUACAUCAUCUUCCGGUGUUUGCAGAGUACAAAAAGUCGGGGCUGAUCGGAUAUUUAGCAGAGGUAACGGACAGUGGUUGCGCAUCCUGCAAGUAGCCUGGCAUCCAUAUAGCGACUCACAUCUCGGUGUUCUCUCAUCGGAUGGUUGCUUUCGACUGUUUGAUUUAUCUCUAAAUGCAGAAAGUGCAGAGCAGGAAUAUCACCUGCAGCCCAGCUCAACUAAAAAUCCUGGUUUUUCCUCUUUAGUCCGAGCCAUAUCAUUUUCUUUCGGUGGAGAACAUUUGUGGGACCGAUUCACGGUUUUCGUACUUUACAACGACGGAAGUUUGUAUGCUCUCUGUCCCAUCGUACCAUUUGGCGGAAUGUUCAAUGCGGCAGCUGUUGAGGAGCUGGCAAAGUAUGCAGGGCAACUUGGAAGCAUGGAUAGUCCCGGUUCAACUAAAUCUGAAAGCUCUUCUCUUGCCGCUGCUUGGUUGGAGGCCGUAUUUCCAGGACUAAAUUCGCUUGGGCACCCUUUACCUGGAGAGUCCCUCGGUGGUUCAAUUGUACUUAAGGCACACGCGUAUGUGCCGAUUCAUGCAUCUCUCCUUCUUCAGGGUCCUUUUGCAACUCUUUGUCGUAAAACAGAAGGUGACGAUGGAAAUGGGUACUUGGAACAAACAGAUUGUGAACCUUGUCAUGCUGUUGGCUUACUGUAUAAUGUUGUUGGCAAGGAUAGCAUACUUGCAAUAAGCACGCAAGAUGGACAAGUGCAGCUCUACGUACUUGCAGAUGAGAUCGAACCCAACUGGAGCGUAGGAAAACUGCCUCGUAUACUGGCAGAUGACAAGGGUCAUAUUCUUGCUGUUGGCAUGUUGGUGGAGGCGUCGAAAAAUGCAAAUUCCCUCGACUUGCACCCUGAAGAACUCAGGGGUGUUUGCCAAGGACAGUUACCACCGCUCUUGCGUUUAGCCUUCGUUGACCUUGCUUUGCAGCCGGCUGUUUUAGAGGCCGGGCCUGUAGUUCUCUUCUCAGAUCCAGUCGUUCCGGAGAGGCUGUACUGUCAACAUCCAGCUGGUAUUGAUGCAAUUCUCUUGCAAUGGCUGCCCUUUUCGAUACAGUCUGCCAACAAGCCCUGCAACGGUGCCCCUCCCCCGGCAGUUUUUCCUCUGUUAGACAUAUGUCCCACCGGACUCACUGUCCCCCGCCCUCUUCUCGGGGCAGUACUAAUCCUUGACUCCUUGGGAGAAUCGUGGAUAGUGGCUGUUACUGCAAACUGCGAAUGUGCUGUUGUGAACAUGAAACCGCAAAUAACUCUUCCGGAACCUCUUGUUCUCGGUGAAAAUCUACUUGAAGAGCAAGAUAGGGGGACAGUAGAAUUGGGCGUUUUCCAGAUGAUGAGCAAAGAGCUUCUUCUUGGACCGAAGGACAUUCCUAUAACUCAGUUGACCUCGAUGGGUGCUCCAUUGACGGUUGAUUCCAUUGAAGGUCGAGCACUUCUUCACGAUCAAUGCAAAUUGCUGCAUGAAAAAUAUAUUGAGUAUGCCCAUCGGGUUUAUGUGGAGCUUACAUCUCAUCGAUCGAGGCUAUAUGAAAUAGUUCAUGAGCAAACGCGACAACUGAAAAGUGCGGAAUCGAAGUUGAGACAGGCACAGAAGGAGUCAGCUUUCCUCACUAGUCGUCUACAGCAGAUUAUGUCGAAGAAUCGAGACUUGGAACAACGUGUGAAGCGCUGUUGUACUUUACCAGGUGUCUCAGAAAAACCUCUGACAGCAACGGAGCAAGAACUCAAGAGACAGCUAGAUACUAUGAGGUUCCAAGAUCUGGAUAUUUACAACACAGCAGUCGAAACUCUCUCAGUGCGCGCAGAGCGCCUGUUAAGUACACAAAAUGCUCUUGCGAAGAUGCCAUCACCAGGUCAAAGGAAAAGCGAUAGGGGUCGCAUACCGGACUCUCAGAUGCGUCGCCUCAAGCUUGCGGUUGAUCAUUUGAGUCAUCUAGUUGAAGACUCAACUUUGAAGGUCAAAGUCAUUGAUGACUCCGUCAGUCAUCGCGAGUUGUUGAAGGACCGGUAGACGAAAGCAACUCUUCUCUUUUGAGGGAAAUGAAAGAUCGGAAGGGCAUCAUUUUGAUGUUCUCCGCACUCUUGAACAUAUUCGAGCUUUUUCAACAGCGUAGUGAUGAUUCUAGAAGAAACAGCUGGUGCUUUAGCCUCCGUAUUAGAAUGUGCUUUGUACCUUGAACGGGGUGCUGGAACAAAUGCCACGGCUCGGAGGUUGAGAGAGUUAGGCCAAAGGGUUCGUGAGUCUUUCGUGUCACCUUCAGCCUUUUUGAAGAUGGUUGCCUCGUGCCCUUGUUACCGAAGUAUACCACGGUCAAGCACCAAGGCGAAGGAGAAGGAACGAUUGGACCAGUUAUGGACAGGUAUGACCCAUGAAGCAGGGAUUGUCAUCGAUCUUUAGCUUCAGACGAUUUGAGUUACUUCGUGUUCUUGCAACUGGUUCUUAGGGAACAUAUACGACGUCAAACGCAGAGUGCUUCCUCACUUUGCCCGGAGCGAACUAGUGAGCAGACUCUGGAGUUCUGAACCAUGAACGUCACCCUGGAAUCAUGUCUCCAGAUUGUGUAUCUACUAUCACCGAAGAAACUUACCGAAGCAGUCAUUCUCAGAAUGACAAUUUUUGUUCACCUGUUUUAACAAGGUGUCCUGCUGAGAACCAACCCUCCCACCUGCAUGCUACAAAGAAGUGUUGUCACCAGGGAGAAUUGGAAGAUAGCUCCAGCGAGGUCUUAUGACACAUGUUGAUAAACCUGCAUAAGGUGUUUAUUAUUUUUCGGUAAACGAGAAAGCAGUUUCAUCUGCACUGUACGAAGAUUCCGGUACGUGGUACAAAGUUUUCAAAGUGUUCUUGUACUCACAACCGGGAUCUGUUUCUCUCAGUACCUUGCUAAUUCAAAUGAAUACCGACAUAUUUAUGUCAUUAGGUCCCGUUGAGCAGCUAUUGAGGAAAAAUCCGACUUUUGUUUCUUGGCAAUAGCAAAUGGCUUUCUCUGGAAGUUUCUG